GCUCCGUGAGGUUGUGCGUCAUUUGCUUUUCGCUUCGCGUGGGGUGAGAGCGGAGCUGUAGCGAUUUCGGCUUGGGUGUAAGGAGAGGCUUGGGACGGGCUGGGCUCAGUUUUCCUCGGUCCGGUGGAGGUUCUCCUGGGAUCACGCGGAGGCGGCCGAGGGUGGCUGCUGAGUGCAGGAGCUGCGGAGGCGCGAGCAGCGUCUUCUGAUGGUGCUGUUCUUAGCCGGUCCUCCAGUAGCCUGACUUGAGUGGUUUUAGUGCUUCAGAGGAACAAACCAGUAGACCAUAAUUUGGUCAGGAAGUUUCAGGAAGCUGUUGGAGCAGUGUUGGGAUUUCCCACCAGGAUGACUAUGAUUGGCUGUGAUUUUAGAUCUUAAAGCAGAAAAUUGAAAACAUGAAAGUAGACAGGACUAAACUGAAAAAGACACCUACUGAGGCUCCUGCAGACUGCAGAGCCUUAAUAGACAAACUCAAAGUAUGUAAUGAUGAGCAACUCCUCUUGGAACUGCAGCAAAUCAAAACAUGGAACAUUGGCAAGUGUGAGUUAUAUCACUGGGUGGAUCUGUUGGACCGCUUUGAUGGAAUUCUGGCAGAUGCUGGACAAACAGUGGAGAAUAUGUCAUGGAUGCUUGUAUGUGAUAGGCCGGAAAAGGAACAACUAAAAAUGCUUCUAUUGGCUGUAUUGAACUUCACAGCCCUGCUUAUCGAGUACAGCUUUUCUCGGCAUCUGUAUAGUUCCAUAGAACAUUUGACAACUUUAUUGGCUUCGUCUGAUAUGCAAGUGGUUCUGGCAGUCCUUAACCUUCUAUAUGUGUUUAGCAAAAGAUCAAACUAUAUCACACGUCUUGGAUCUGACAAGAGGACCCCACUACUGACAAGACUACAGCAUUUGGCAGAGAGCUGGGGUGGAAAAGAGAAUGGUUUUGGACUUGCAGAAUGUUGCAGAGACUUGCAUAUGUUGAAAUAUCCACCCAGCGCAACCACACUACACUUUGAAUUCUAUGCAGACCCUGGAUCUGAGGUCAAAAUUGAGAAGAGGACGACUAGUAAUACACUACAUUACAUUCAUAUAGAACAACUUGACAAGAUUUCAGAAAGCCCUUCUGAAAUAAUGGAAUCUCUUACCAAAAUGUACAGCAUUCCUAAGGAUAAGCAGAUGCUGUUAUUUACCCAUAUACGCCUGGCUCAUGGCUUUUCUAAUCACAGGAAGCGAUUACAAGCUGUUCAGGCCAGACUGCAUGCAAUAUCUAUAUUAGUCUAUUCCAAUGCCUUGCAAGAGUCAGCAAACAGUAUCUUGUAUAAUGGGUUGAUAGAGGAGUUGGUAGAUGUCCUUCAAAUUACAGAUAAGCAGCUCAUGGAAAUUAAAGCUGCUUCUUUACGAACAUUAACAUCAAUUGUUCAUUUGGAGAGAACUCCCAAACUCAGCAGUAUUAUUGACUGUACUGGAACUGCCUCCUACCAUGGAUUUUUGCCUGUUCUUGUGCGGAACUGCAUCCAGGCUAUGAUUGAUCCUUCUAUGGACCCAUACCCCCACCAGUUUGCCACUGCUCUCUUCUCUUUUUUGUACCACCUGGCCAGCUAUGAUGCUGGUGGUGAAGCUUUGGUCUCCUGUGGAAUGAUGGAAGCCUUACUAAAGGUCAUAAAGUUUCUUGGUGAUGAACAGGACCAGAUAACAUUUGUCACCAGAGCUGUCAGAGUGGUUGACCUCAUCACCAACCUGGAUAUGGCAGCUUUUCAAUCUCAUAGUGGUCUCUCUAUCUUCAUCUAUAGACUUGAGCAUGAAGUAGAUUUGUGCCGAAAAGAAUGUCCAUUUGUGAUCAAGCCAAAGAUCCAGAGACCUACUACCACUCAAGAAGGAGAAGAAAUGGAAACUGACAUGGAUGUUGCAGAUGUAACUAUGGAAAGCAGUCCAGGCUCGUCCAUAUCUAUGGAGCACCGGCUGGAUGUUGACUUAAGGGCAUCAAGUUCCAACAGCAGCACUAGCAUCUCUGGCACUGGCCCGGGUCCUGGCCCUGGCCCUGGCCCUGGUCCUGGCCCUGGCCCUGGCCCUGGCCCUGGCCUUGGCCUUGGCCCUGGCCCUGGACCCCGUCCUGGAGUCCAGUGUAUUCCACAACGAGCAGCACUUCUCAAGUCCAUGUUAAAUUUCCUCAAGAAGGCCAUUCAAGACCCUGCUUUCUCAGAUGGCAUACGACAUGUAAUGGAUGGUUCUCUGCCUACCUCGUUGAAACACAUCAUCAGCAAUGCAGAAUACUAUGGCCCAUCACUCUUCCUCCUGGCUACUGAAGUGGUGACUGUGUUUGUAUUUCAAGAGCCAUCAUUGUUGUCCUCACUGCAGGACAAUGGGCUGACAGAUGUCAUGCUGCAUGCACUGCUCAUCAAAGAUGUUCCUGCUACAAGGGAAGUCCUUGGUUCCCUUCCAAAUGUAUUCAGUGCACUUUGCUUGAAUGCCCGAGGUCUUCAGUCUUUUGUACAAUGUCAGCCAUUUGAACGUCUUUUCAAAGUUCUUCUGUCUCCUGACUACCUCCCAGCCAUGCGGAGGAGGAGGAGUUCUGAUCCUCUUGGGGAUACUGCAUCCAACCUGGGGAGUGCUGUUGAUGAGCUCAUGAGACAUCAGCCCACCCUCAAAACAGAUGCAACAACUGCCAUCAUUAAGUUACUUGAAGAAAUCUGUAAUCUUGGAAGAGAUCCAAAAUAUAUUUGUCAGAAGCCGUCCAUCCAGAAAGCAGAUGGUACUGCUAGUGCCCCUCCCCCAAGGUCUAAUCAUGCUGCUGAAGAAGCUUCUAGUGAAGAUGAGGAGGAAGAGGAAGUUCAGGCCAUGCAGAGCUUUAAUUCUACUCAGCAGAAUGAAACUGAGCCUAAUCAGCAGGUUGUUGGUACGGAGGAACGUAUUCCUAUCCCUCUUAUGGAUUACAUCCUUAAUGUGAUGAAAUUUGUGGAAUCUAUUCUGAGCAACAAUACAACAGAUGACCACUGCCAAGAAUUUGUGAAUCAGAAAGGACUCUUACCUUUGGUUACCAUUUUGGGUCUUCCCAAUCUGCCCAUUGACUUUCCCACAUCUGCUGCCUGUCAGGCUGUUGCAGGUGUCUGCAAAUCCAUAUUGACCCUGUCACAUGAACCCAAAGUUCUUCAAGAAGGUCUCCUUCAGUUGGACUCAAUCCUUUCUUCCUUGGAACCUUUACACCGGCCCAUUGAAUCUCCUGGGGGAUCAGUGUUACUUCGAGAACUGGCAUGUGCAGGCAAUGUUGCUGAUGCUACCCUCUCAGCUCAGGCUACACCUCUGUUGCAUGCUCUCACUGCUGCCCAUGCCUAUAUCAUGAUGUUUGUUCACACUUGCAGAGUUGGACAGAGUGAAAUUCGUUCAAUCUCCGUAAACCAGUGGGGUUCUCAGUUGGGUUUGAGUGUUCUGAGCAAGCUAAGCCAGUUGUACUGUUCUCUGGUGUGGGAAAGCACUGUCCUUCUCUCUCUGUGUACUCCAAACAGCCUACCAUCAGGAUGUGAAUUUGGCCAGGCGGACAUGCAGAAACUGGUUCCAAAGGAUGAGAAGGCAGGUACGACCCAGGGCGGAAAAAGAUCAGAUGGAGAACAGGAUGGAACAGCUGGAAGUAUGGAUGCUUCUACCCAGGGCCUAUUGGAAGGAAUUGAGCUAGAUGGUGACACAUUGGCUCCCAUGGAGACAGAUGAACCUUCUUCAGAUUCUAAGGGCAAAUCUAAAAUCACCCCAGCCAUGGCUGCUAGAAUUAAGCAGAUCAAGCCAUUGCUGUCAGCUUCUUCCAGAUUAGGCCGAGCGCUUGCUGAGCUCUUUGGACUCCUUGUUAAGCUUUGUGUUGGUUCUCCUGUUCGCCAAAGAAGGAGCCAUCAUGCUGCCAGUACCACUACUGCCCCAACUCCUGCUGCUAGAUCAACAGCUUCAGCCCUCACCAAGCUACUCACAAAAGGCUUGUCAUGGCAGCCCCCACCAUAUACACCUACUCCCCGCUUCAGGCUGACAUUCUUCAUCUGUUCUGUUGGAUUCACAUCUCCAAUGCUGUUUGAUGAGAGAAAGUAUCCUUACCACCUUAUGCUGCAGAAAUUUCUCUGCUCUGGCGGUCACAAUGCUCUUUUUGAAACUUUCAACUGGGCCCUGUCCAUGGGAGGAAAAGUUCCUGUUUCUGAGGGUUUGGAACAUUCAGACUUACCUGAUGGCACAGGAGAAUUCCUAGAUGCCUGGCUUAUGCUUGUAGAAAAGAUGGUGAAUCCCACCACUGUGCUUGAAUCUCCACAUUCACUGCCUGCCAAAUUGCCUGGAGGUGUCCAGAACUUUCCGCAAUUCAGUGCCCUCCGCUUUCUUGUAGUAACUCAGAAGGCAGCCUUUACUUGCAUCAAGAACCUGUGGAACCGGAAACCCCUUAAGGUAUACGGGGGACGAAUGGCUGAGUCUAUGCUGGCCAUUCUGUGCCACAUUCUCCGAGGAGAACCUGUGAUUCGAGAGAGACUGAGCAAAGAGAAGGAAGGAUCUCGAGGAGAAGAGGAUGCAGGCCAAGAAGAAGGUGGCUCCCGCAGAGAACCUCAAGUCAACCAGCAACAGCUACAACAGCUAAUGGACAUGGGUUUCACAAGAGAACAUGCCAUGGAGGCUUUGUUGAACACCAGCACGAUGGAACAAGCAACAGAAUACCUUUUAACCCAUCCUCCUCCGAUCAUAGGAGGAGUUGUUCGGGAUCUUAGCAUGUCUGAAGAAGAUCAGAUGAUGAGAGCAAUUGCCAUGUCUUUGGGACAGGAUAUUCCAAUGGAUCAAAGGGCAGAGUCACCUGAGGAAGUUGCUUGCCGGAAGGAGGAAGAGGAACGUAAAGCCCGAGAAAAACAAGAAGAAGAAGAAGCUAAAUGUCUGGAGAAGUUUCAAGAUGCCGACCCAUUGGAACAAGAUGAGCUCCACACUUUUACAGAUACAAUGUUACCAGGCUGCUUCCAUCUUCUUGAUGAGCUUCCUGAUACAGUAUACCGUGUUUGUGAUCUGAUCAUGACAGCUAUCAAACGUAACGGAGCAGACUAUCGUGAUAUGAUUUUGAAACAGGUUGUUAAUCAGGUGUGGGAAGCUGCUGAUGUAUUGAUCAAAGCUGCUCUUCCUCUAACAACAAGUGACACAAAAACAGUGUCAGAGUGGAUCAGUCAGAUGGCCACCCUGCCUCAGGCCUCCAAUUUGGCUACUAGAAUCUUGCUUUUAACACUGCUUUUUGAGGAGUUGAAGUUACCUUGUGCCUGGGUUGUUGAAUCAAGUGGCAUCCUUAAUGUCCUAAUCAAGCUCUUAGAAGUGGUUCAACCCUGCCUGCAGGCUGCCAAAGAACAAAAGGAGGUUCAGACCCCUAAAUGGAUCACACCUGUGUUGCUUCUUAUUGAUUUUUAUGAAAAGACAGCCAUCUCAUCAAAGAGAAGAGCCCAAAUGACUAAGUACCUUCAGUCCAACAGCAACAACUGGCGCUGGUUUGAUGACCGCUCUGGACGUUGGUGUAGUUACAGUGCUAGUAACAACAGCACCAUUGAUUCUGCCUGGAAAUCUGGAGAAACAAGUGUAAGAUUCACUGCAGGCCGACGAAGAUAUACUGUCCAGUUUACUACAAUGGUGCAGGUUAAUGAAGAAACAGGGAACCGACGCCCUGUGAUGCUAACUCUCCUCAGGGUACCACGACUGAAUAAAAACUCAAAAGGCAGCAAUGGGCAGGAACUAGAGAAGACACUGGAAGAAAGCAAAGAAACGGAUAUCAAACGUAAAGAAAAUAAAGGCAAUGAUAUCCCCUUGGCCCUAGAGAAUACAAACACCGAAAAAGAGCCAAGCCUGGAAGAAACAAAAAUUGGGGAAAUCUUAAUCCAGGGCCUGACAGAAGAUAUGGUCACUGUUCUAAUCCGAGCCUGUGUGAGCAUGCUGGGAGUCCCUGUGGACCCAGAUACAUUGCACGCCACCCUUCGCCUCUGCCUGAGGCUCACCCGGGAUCACAAAUACGCCAUGAUGUUUGCAGAGCUGAAGAGUACACGAAUGAUCUUAAAUUUGACCCAGAGCUCAGGCUUCAAUGGCUUUACCCCUCUAGUCACCCUUCUCUUGAGACACAUCAUUGAGGAUCCUUGCACUCUUCGACAUACCAUGGAAAAGGUUGUUCGCUCAGCAGCUACAAGUGGAGCUGGAAGUACUACCUCUGGUGUUGUAUCUGGCAGCCUUGGCUCCCGGGAGAUCAACUACAUCCUUCGAGUUCUUGGGCCAGCUGCCUGCCGCAAUCCAGACAUAUUCACAGAAGUAGCCAAUUGCUGUAUCCGCAUUGCCCUUCCAGCCCCUCGAGGCUCAGGAACUGCUUCAGAUGAUGAAUUUGAGAAUCUUAGAAUUAAAGGCCCUAAUGCUGUACAGCUGGUAAAGACAACACCAUUGAAGCCUUCAUCUCUACCUGUCAUUCCUGAGACUAUUAAGGAAGUUAUCUAUGAUAUGCUGAAUGCUUUGGCUGCAUACCAUGCUCCAGAGGAAGUAGACAAAUCUGAUCCUAAACCUGGGGGAAUGACCCAAGAGGUUGGCCAGCUCCUACAAGACAUGGGUGAUGAUGUAUACCAGCAGUACCGGUCACUUACUCGUCAAAGCAGUGACUUUGAUACACAGUCAGGCUUUUCCUUAAAUAGUCAAGUCUUUGCUGCAGAUGGUGCCCCUGCUGAGACUUCCACAACUGGAACCUCCCAAGGAGAGGGAGCUUCAACUCCAGAGGACACUCGAGAAGGGAAGAAAGAUAAAGAAGGGGACCGGACCUCUGAGGAAGGCAAGCAGAAAGGCAAGGGCAGCAAACCUUUAAUGCCUACCUCUACUAUCCUUCGUCUUCUGGCAGAGUUGGUGAGGUCCUAUGUUGGUAUUGCAACCCUGAUUGCAAACUACAGCUAUACCGUGGGCCAGUCUGAGCUGAUCAAAGAGGACUGCAGUGUGCUAGCUUUUGUCCUGGACCAUCUCCUUCCACACACCCAGAAUGCAGAAGACAAGGACACACCUGCCUUGGCCCGUCUGUUCCUUGCAAGUCUGGCUGCUGCAGGGAGUGGCACAGAUGCUCAGGUGGCCCUAGUGAAUGAAGUAAAAGCAGCCCUGGGACGGGCACUUGCUAUGGCUGAGAGUACAGAGAAACAUGCCAGACUUCAGGCAGUGAUGUGUAUCAUCAGUACUAUUAUGGAGUCCUGCCCCUCCACCUCCAGCUUCUACAGUAGUGCCACAGCCAAGACUCAGCAUAAUGGCAUGAACAACAUCAUUCGACUGUUCCUCAAGAAGGGACUAGUCAAUGACCUGGCCAGAGUUCCUCACAGCCUAGACUUGUCCAGUCCCAAUAUGGCCAAUACGGUCAAUGCUGCUCUAAAACCUUUGGAAACACUUUCCCGGAUUGUAAACCAGCCCAGUAGCCUUUUUGGCAGCAAGAGUGCUUCUAACAAGAGCAAGUCUGAGCAGGAUGCCCAAGGAGCCUCUCAGGAUUCAAAUAACCAUCAACAAGAUCCAGGCGAGCCUGGGGAAGCAGAAGUGCAGGAGGAGGAUCAUGAUGUCUCUCAGACAGAGGUGGCAGAUGGGGAUAUCAUGGAUGGGGAGGCUGAAACCGACUCAGUGGUGAUUGCUGGGCAGCCUGAGGUGCUCAGUUCACAAGAGAUGCAGGUUGAGAAUGAGCUGGAGGACCUGAUAGAUGAGUUGCUUGAGAGGGAUGGCGGAUCUGGGAACAGUACAAUUAUAGUGAGCAGAAGUGGAGAGGAUGAAUCACAAGAGGACGUGCUGAUGGAUGAAGCUCCUUCCAACCUCAGCCAAGCUUCCACCUUACAGGCCAACCGAGAAGAUUCCAUGAAUAUCCUGGACCCUGAGGAUGAGGAGGAGCACACUCAGGAAGAGGACAGCAGUGGCAGUAACGAGGAUGAGGAUGAUAGUCAGGAUGAAGAGGAGGAGGAGGAGGAAGAUGAGGAAGAUGAUCAGGAGGAUGAUGAAGGUGAAGAAGGAGAUGAAGAUGAUGACGAUGAUGGUUCUGAGAUGGAAUUGGAUGAGGAUUACCCUGAUAUGAACGCUUCUCCCUUGGUCCGAUUUGAGCGCUUUGACCGGGAGGACGAUCUCAUCAUUGAGUUUGACAACAUGUUCUCCAGUGCUACAGACAUCCCUCCAUCCCCAGGAAAUAUCCCUACCACCCACCCAUUGAUGGUACGUCAUGCAGAUCACAGUUCCCUGACGCUGGGCAGUGGCUCUUCUACAACUCGUCUCACUCAGGGCAUCGGUCGCAGUCAGAGGACCCUAAGACAGCUGACAGCCAAUACAGGCCAUACCAUUCAUGUUCACUACCCUGGAAACCGCCAGCCUAACCCUCCUCUUAUACUCCAGAGGUUACUUGGUCCCUCAGCUGCUGCUGACAUCCUUCAGCUGAGCAGUAGCCUUCCUUUACAAAGCCGAGGCCGGGCCCGCCUCCUGGUGGGCAAUGAUGAUGUCCAUAUCAUUGCCAGGUCUGAUGAUGAGCUGCUGGAUGACUUUUUCCAUGAUCAGAGCACAGCUACUAGCCAAGCAGGAACCCUGUCCAGCAUCCCCACAGCUCUGACCCGGUGGACAGAGGAAUGCAAAGUUCUUGAUGCUGAGAGCAUGCACGACUGUGUUUCAGUGGUUAAAGUACCCAUUGUCAAUCACCUGGAAUUCUUGAGAGAUGAGGAGCUAGAAGAGAGAAGGGAGAAACGCAGGAAACAACUUGCUGAGGAAGAAACGAAAAUAAUAGACAAAGGCAAAGAAGACAAAGAGAACAGAGAUCAGAGUGCACAGUGUACUGUUUCUAAGACAAAUGACUCCACUGAACAGAAUGUCUCAGAUGGGACUCCUAUGCCUGACAGCUAUCCAACAACACCCUCUUCAACGGAUGCAGCUACAUCUGAGCCCAAGGAGACACCUGGUACUCUACAGCCCUCCCAGCAACAGCCAGCACUCCCACCCCCACCAGCCUUAGGAGAGGUUCCUCAGGAACUGCAGUCUCCUGCUGAAGAAGUGGGGAACUCUACACAACUAUUGAUGCCUAUAGAAUUGGAAGAAUUGGGUCCCACAAGGCCAAGUGGAGAAGCAGAAACAACUCAAAUGGAGUUAUCCCCAGCUCCCACCAUAACCUCUCUUUCCCCAGAGAGAGCUGAAGAUUCAGAUGCAUUAACAGCUGUCAGCAGUCAACUGGAAGGUUCUCCCAUGGACACCAGCAGCCUGGCUUCCUGUACAUUAGAAGAGGCUGUAGGUGACACUCCAGCAACUGGCAGUUCUGAGCAGCCUCCAGCAGGCAACUCUACUCCUGGGGAUGCCCCAUCAGUUGUAGCAGAAAUACAAGGCAGACCUGAUGUGUCAGGAGAAUCUACCCAGCAACCUGAGGAUAACUCUCCCCCUGCAUCUUCUGAGAGUUCUUCUACCAGAGAUUCUGCUGUGGCCAUCUCUGGAGCAGAUUCUCGAGGAAUCCUAGAGGAGCCACUGCCUUCAACAAGCAGUGAAGAAGAAGAUCCCCUUGCAGGUAUCAGUCUCCCUGAAGGUGUGGAUCCCUCCUUUCUGGCUGCUCUCCCUGAUGAUAUCCGUCGGGAAGUCCUACAGAACCAGCUGGGCAUUCGUCCGCCAGCCCGAACUGCUCCCUCUACAAAUAACUCAGCUCCUGCAGUAGUGGGGAAUCCUGGUGUGACUGAAGUGAGCCCUGAGUUUCUGGCUGCCCUACCUCCAGCCAUUCAAGAGGAAGUGCUAGCCCAGCAGAGAGCUGAGCAGCAGCGGCGGGAACUGGCCCAGAAUGCCAGCUCAGAUACUCCCAUGGAUCCUGUGACCUUCAUCCAGACUCUGCCUUCAGAUCUGCGUCGUAGUGUCCUAGAGGACAUGGAAGACAGUGUGUUGGCUGUAAUGCCACCUGACAUUGCAGCUGAGGCUCAAGCCCUAAGACGAGAACAAGAAGCUCGGCAGCGGCAGCUCAUGCACGAACGUCUUUUUGGACACAGUAGUACCUCUGCACUCUCUGCCAUUCUCCGAAGUCCAGGUACAGAGGGAGCUUUUACCAGUCGCCUGAGUGGCAACCGUGGGGUCCAAUAUACUCGCCUUGCUGUACAGAGGGGUGGUACCUUCCAGAUGGGAGGUAGCAGCAGCCAUAAUAGGCCUUCUGGCAGUAAUGUGGACACACUUCUCCGCCUCCGAGGACGUCUCCUUCUAGACCAUGAAGCCCUGUCUUGCCUCUUAGUCCUACUUUUUGUGGAUGAGCCAAAGCUCAAUACUAGCCGUCUACAUCGGGUACUGAGAAAUCUCUGCUACCACGCCCAGACCCGCCACUGGGUCAUCCGCAGCCUCCUGUCCAUUUUGCAGCGCAGCAGUGAGAGUGAGUUAUGCAUCGAGACACCAAAGCUCUCCACAAGUGAAGAAAGGGGCAAGAAGUCAAGCAAGAGCUGUGCAUCAAGCAGUCAUGAGAAUCGUCCCCUGGAUCUGCUCCACAAGAUGGAGUCCAAAAGUUCGAACCAGCUUUCCUGGCUCUCGGUAUCUAUGGAUGCUGCCUUAGGCUGUAGGACUAACAUAUUCCAGAUCCAACGUUCUGGAGGGCGUAAACAUACAGAGAAGCAUACAAGCAGUGGUUCCACUGUCCACAUCCACCCCCAGGCUGCUCCUGUUGUUUGUAGACACGUUUUGGAUACACUCAUUCAAUUGGCCAAGGUGUUCCCCAGCCACUUCACACAGCAGCGGACCAAAGAAACAAACUGUGAGAGUGAUCGGGAAAGGGGCAGUAAGCAGGCCUGCAGCCCAUGCUCCUCACAGUCCUCUAGCAGUGGCAUUUGUACAGACUUCUGGGACUUAUUGGUAAAACUGGACAACAUGAAUGUUAGCCGAAAAGGCAAGAACUCGGUGAAGUCAGUACCAGUGAGCGCUGGUGGUGAAGGGGAAACUUCCCUCCACAGCCUUGAAGCCUCUCCACUGGGGCAACUCAUGAACAUGUUGUCACAUCCAGUCAUCCGGCGGAGUUCUCUCUUAACCGAAAAACUCCUGAGACUCCUCUCUCUCAUCUCAAUUGCUCUCCCAGAAAACAAAGUAUCGGAAGCACAAGCUAACUCUGGCAACAGUGCUUCCUCCACCACUGCUGCCACUUCAACCACAUCUACCACCACUACCACCACCACUACUGCCGCCACACCCACACCCACACCCCCUGCUGCAACCACUCCUGUCACUUCUGCUCCAGCUCUGGUUGCUGCCACAGCUAUUUCCACCAUUACUGUAGCUGCUUCUACUACAGCGACUACCCCCACAACUGCUACCACUACUGUUUCAACUUCCACUUCUAAGGGCAGCAAAUCUCCAGCAAAAGUGGGUGAAGGAGGCAGCAGUGGUGUAGACUUCAAAAUGGUGUCCUCUGGCCUCACCGAAAACCAGCUACAGCUCUCUGUGGAGGUGUUGACAUCCCACUCUUGUUCUGAAGAAGGCUUGGAAGAUGCAGCCAAUGUGUUACUGCAGCUCUCUCGGGGAGAUUCUGGGACCCGAGACACGGUUCUUAAGCUGCUGCUGAAUGGAGCCCGCCAUCUGGGUUAUACCCUUUGUAAACAGAUAGGUACCCUACUCGCUGAGCUAAGGGAAUACAAUCUGGAACAGCAGCGGCGGGCCCACUGUGAGGCCCUCUCUCCUGAUGGCCUACCCGAGGAGCAGCCACAGACCACCAAACUGAAAGGCAAAAUGCAGAGCAGGUUUGACAUGGCUGAGAAUGUGGUAAUUGUGGCAUCUCAGAAGCGACCCUUGGGUGGCCGGGAGCUCCAACUGCCUUCUAUGUCCAUGUUGACAUCCAAGACAUCUACCCAGAAGUUCUUCUUAAGGGUACUGCAGGUCAUCAUCCAGCUGCGGGAUGACACACGACGAGCUAACAAGAAAGCCAAGCAGACAGGCAGGCUAGGUUCCUCCGGUUUAGGCUCAGCUAGCAGCAUCCAGGCAGCUGUUCGGCAGCUGGAGGCUGAGGCUGAUGCCAUUAUACAAAUGGUACGUGAGGGUCAAAGGGCGCGGAGACAGCAACAAGCAGCAACGUCGGAGUCUAGCCAGUCAGAGGCAUCUGUCCGGAGAGAGGAGUCACCCAUGGAUGUGGACCAGCCAUCUCCCAGUGCUCAAGAUACUCAGUCCAUUGUCACCUCAGAUGGCGCACCACAGGGGGAGAAGGAGAAAGAGGAGAGGCCGCCUGAGUUACCACUACUCAGUGAGCAGCUGAGCCUAGAUGAGCUGUGGGACAUGCUAGGGGAAUGUUUAAAGGAACUGGAGGAAUCCCAUGACCAACAUGCUGUGCUAGUGCUACAGCCUGCUGUCGAGGCCUUCUUUUUGGUCCAUGCCACAGAGCGGGAAAGCAAGCCUCCUGUCCGAGACACCCGCGAGAGCCAGCUGGCACACAUCAAGGAUGAGCCUCCUCCACUCUCCCCUGCCCCCUUAACCCCAGCCACUCCUUCCUCCCUUGACCCAUUCUUCUCCAGGGAGCCCUCAUCUAUGCACAUCUCCUCAAGCCUGCCCCCUGAUACACAGAAGUUCCUUCGCUUUGCAGAGACUCACCGCACUGUGUUAAACCAGAUACUACGGCAGUCCACCACCCACCUUGCUGAUGGGCCUUUUGCUGUCUUAGUAGAUUACAUUCGUGUCCUCGACUUUGAUGUCAAGCGCAAAUAUUUCCGCCAAGAGCUUGAACGUUUGGACGAAGGGCUCCGGAAAGAAGACAUGGCAGUGCAUGUUCGCCGUGACCAUGUAUUUGAAGACUCCUAUCGGGAACUGCAUCGCAAAUCUCCUGAAGAAAUGAAGAAUCGAUUGUAUAUAGUGUUUGAAGGAGAAGAAGGGCAGGAUGCUGGGGGGCUCCUGCGAGAGUGGUACAUGAUCAUCUCUCGAGAGAUGUUCAACCCUAUGUAUGCCUUGUUCCGUACCUCACCUGGUGACCGGGUCACCUACACGAUCAAUCCAUCUUCCCACUGUAACCCCAACCACCUCAGCUACUUCAAGUUUGUUGGACGCAUUGUAGCCAAAGCUGUAUAUGACAACCGCCUUCUGGAGUGCUACUUUACACGGUCCUUCUACAAACACAUCUUGGGCAAGUCUGUCAGGUAUACAGAUAUGGAGAGUGAAGAUUAUCACUUCUACCAGGGUUUAGUUUAUCUGCUGGAAAAUGAUGUCUCCACAUUAGGCUAUGACCUCACCUUUAGCACUGAGGUUCAAGAGUUUGGAGUUUGUGAAGUUCGUGACCUCAAACCCAAUGGAGCUAACAUCUUGGUAACAGAGGAAAAUAAAAAGGAAUAUGUACACCUGGUGUGCCAGAUGAGAAUGACAGGAGCCAUCCGCAAACAGCUGGCAGCCUUCUUGGAAGGCUUCUAUGAAAUCAUUCCAAAGCGCCUCAUUUCCAUCUUUACUGAGCAAGAACUAGAGCUGCUCAUAUCAGGGCUGCCCACCAUCGACAUUGAUGAUCUAAAAUCUAACACUGAGUACCACAAGUACCAGUCCAACUCUAUUCAGAUCCAGUGGUUCUGGAGAGCAUUGCGUUCCUUUGACCAAGCAGACCGUGCCAAGUUUCUCCAGUUUGUCACGGGUACUUCCAAGGUGCCUCUGCAAGGGUUUGCUGCCCUUGAAGGCAUGAAUGGCAUCCAGAAGUUUCAGAUUCAUCGAGAUGACAGAUCUACAGAUCGCCUGCCUUCAGCUCACACGUGUUUUAAUCAACUGGACCUGCCUGCCUAUGAGAGCUUUGAGAAGCUCCGCCACAUGCUACUGUUGGCCAUCCAGGAGUGCUCUGAAGGCUUUGGGCUGGCCUAAUAAGGCCCUGCCUACUUCUGUGGGGUUUUUCUACCAUUGUUGGACUUGGGGAGGGGGGAUUUAAAAAGAUCCAGAAAGAAAAUGUCAAAAUCCAAUAAAUGAAAUUCACCAACUCA